AUGGCACGGUCUAUUCUUGCUUUCUUCUUGGUGCUCGCGGCCAUGGCCGCAUAUUGGCAUACCGACCUCAUCGAACUGGUCGGCAGUGUUGUUGUCGGAGCCAUCGUGUUGGUGGUGGGGACGUGCUAUUUUAGCAGAGAGAAGUGCAGUUUCCUACAGAAGGCAAUGCCCAAUCUACGAAUAGUGGCAGAAAACUGA